GCGGGCGGCGCGGAGGAGGCGCUGCCGCCGCUCUCGGUGUCUUUAUCGCCGUCGCCGCCGUCGCGGCCGUCGCGCCCGUCCCGCCGGCCCCGCCUCCCGCUGCGCUCCCGCGGCCUCACAGCAGGAGUGGCAGAUCCAAAAAGUGGAUGUUCAGGAUAACAUGUCCAAUGUCUCGGAAGAGAGGAGCACUAGACAACAGGACAUCAAGAAAGGACUCCAGUUUAUAGAAUCCACUUUGCCCUAUCCAGGGACGCAAGAACAAUAUGAGUUAUUUAUACGAGAUCUUGUUAGAAAUCUUUUUCAUGAAGGAAAUGAUGUGUAUCGAGAAGGUGAUUGGAGAGGAUCACUGAGUCAUUAUACAGAAGCUAUAAACAUAGCUGAUUAUGCUAAUUCAGAAGAAGUCCAUGUUUCUGAUGAUGUUUUAGAGAAGCUGCAUGUGAACAGGAUCGCCUGUUAUUCAAAUAUGGGUUUGCAUGAAAAAGUUCUAGAGGACUGUGAGAUAGCAUUAAGAUUGAAUGAAAACAAUUUCAGAGCUCUCUAUCGCAAAGCCAAAGCUUUGAAUGAACUGGGAAGCUAUAAAAAGGCUUAUGAUGCUGUAGCAAAAUGUUCUCUUGCUGUGCCACAGGAUGAAAGUGUGAUUAAGCUUACUCAAGAACUAGCUCAAAAACUAGGGUUAAAAAUAAGGAAAGCAUAUGUUAGAGCAAAGCCACCAUCAUCAAAUUCGGUUUCUAGUGAUGUAUCAACUCAGAAUUCUUCUGUAGAAGAUAUUGAGUUAGAUUUAUCUGACCAGAAACAAGAGAUGGUUUCUGCUUCUUCAUCAAACUUUGUUUCUGAAGUGUCUAAAGUGUCACCAGUACCUGUACCACCUUUACCUACUGUUAUGCCUCUUCAGAUGGAAAAGGUUCCUUUGCCUUCUACAGUGUUGGCAAAUGGAGGGAAUGUUUCUUUCUCUAUGCCAGAAGCAUGUUUAGAUUGUGGAGAUGGAGAUAUAAUUAUAGGAGAAGAACUUGAUGAGUUACUUGAUUCUGUGCCUGAUCCAGAUGAAAGUGUAAUGCAAACUACAGGAGCCAGAGGACCCAUUCCUGCGGGGGGUGUGGCUCCUAGUGUACCUUUCUCUGCCUCUUUGUUGGGGACGCUGCCAGUUACUGCAGGAUUUGUUCCUUCAGCUUCUCUUUCAGAAAUCUUUUCACAGCCUUUGGCUUCGUCGCUGGAAAACUUCUGUUCACCAUUAAGCACUUUUUCAAUCAGUGACCCAAAAAGAGACAUCUCAAGUUCAGCUUCUAGAGAUGGAACACCAACACUUAACAGCAAUAAUUCCCCAUUGUUUAUCAAUGGUCCUAGUAGUUUGUUUGGGUCCGAAAAUUACAUGGGAAUUGCAGGCCAAACUAGAAAUGACUUUUCCAAUGUUUUUAGCAGUACAACUGCUAAUAUACCUGUAUCUCCGGCACUGGCGGGAAGGAACCCACUGGAAGGCACGCAUGAGCUAAGACAGGCCUGCCAGUUAUGUUUUGUCAAAAAAGGUCCUAAAUUAUUGGAUUACGCUUACCAUCCCAAUUUAGAACAUAAAUGUAAGAAGGAUAUUUUAAUUGGCAGAAUAAAAAACUCUGAAGAUAAAUCGUGGAAAAAAAUACGUCCAAGACCAACAAAGACACAAUAUGUGGGACCAUAUCAUAUAUGUAAAGAUGUGGCUGCUGAGGAGGAAUGCAGGUACCCAGGCCACUGCACAUUUGCCUACUGCCAAGAGGAGAUUGAUGUGUGGACGCUGGAGCGCAAGGGAGCCUUCAGCAGAGAAGCUCUUUUUGGAGGGCCUGGGAAGAUCAACUUGACUGUGUCCCAACUUCUUCAAGAAUACCACGGAUUAUUUAUGUUUCUUUGUGAGAAAUGUUUUGAUCACAAGCCCAGAAUAAUAAGCAAAAGGAACAAGGAUAACUCAUCUUCUUGUUCUCACCCUGCUAUGCAUGACUUUGAAGAUAACAAGUGCCUUGUCCACAUUUUGCGGGAGACUAUGGUGAAGUAUUCCAAAAUCCGCCCGUUCCAAGUUCGGUGUCAGCUGGACCUGUGCAGACAUGAGGUGCACUAUGGCUGCUUACGAGAGGAUAAAUGCUUUUAUGCUCACAGUCUGGUAGAGCUUAAGGUCUGGAUAAUGCAAAAGGAAUCAGGUAUUUCACAUGAUGCUAUAGUUCAAGAAUCAAAGAAGUACUGGCAGAACAUGGAAGCUAGUGCACAUGGAUCACAGAUUCUUGGGAACCAAAUGAAAUAUGGAUCACUUAAUUUGAAGAUGAAGUUUGUUUGUGGGCAGUGCUGGAGAAAUGGUCAAGUUAGUGAGCCAGACAGAAACAAAAAAUACUGUAGUGCAAAGGCAAGACACCCAUGGAGCAAAGAUCGCCGUGUGGUGCUGGUAAUGUCUAAUGAACGUAAGAAGUGGAUGACCAUUCGUCCUCUGCCUGCAAAGAAACAAGUGCCUCUGCAGUUUGAUUUGUGCAAUCAUAUUGCUUCAGGCAAGAAAUGUCAGUAUGAUGGAAACUGCUCAUUUGCUCACAGUCCUGAGGAGAGAGAGAUGUGGACCUAUAUGAAGGAGAACAGCAUUCAAGACUUGGAGCAGUUGUAUGACAUAUGGCUAAAAACUCAAAAACCAGAAAAAGGAGAUGAUACAGCUGCUCAGGCAAGCAGAGAAAAUGGGAAGCAAAUUCAUAUGCCAACUGACUAUGCUGAAGUUACAGUGGAUUUUCAUUGUUGGAUGUGUGGGAAGAACUGUAAUAGUGAGAAGCAAUGGCAGGGUCACAUUUCUUCUGAAAAGCAUAAGGAGAAGGUUUUCCACACUGAGGAUGAUCAGAACUGCUGGCAGUAUCGCUUUCCAACUGGAUAUUUUAGCAUUUGUGAUAGAUAUAUGGCUGGUACUUGCACUGAAGGAAACAACUGUAAAUUUGCCCAUGGAAAUGCUGAACUCCGUGAGUGGGAAGAACGAAGACAAGUUUUAAGAAUGAAACUCAGCAAAGCAAGAAAAGACCACUUGAUUGCUCCCAGUGAUAAUGACUUUGGAAAAUAUAGUUUUUUGUUUAAAGAUUUAAACUAAUACUGAGAUGACACAUACAUGUUAUCAGCUGGAAGCAUAAACCAGAAAAUUUGACAAUAAUCAAAAGCAUGUGACAGAAAAGCUGCAGGUUUUCUGCUUUUAUUGGCAUACAUUGUUCCUCCUGAACAGCAAAGUAUGGUAGAUUUAGGGGGAUGGAGCAGACCUGUCUGUGCUCUCAUGAAACAGAGUGGUGAUUAAAAAAAUCUGAAGUAUUAUGUGCUUACUCACCUCCUGUUGGACAGAAAGUUAGGAAAUAGAAGGGGGCAAGAGUGGUUAAAAUAUCUAGGAAGCCCCCUAGUCUCAGACCUUCAGUUGAAAAACUUUAAGGUAUCAAGGUAUUGCAAAAGAGAGUGUUAGUGGGCUAAGAAAAUGAUGGAUGAAAAUUCUUCAGAUCUUUUAAUGGAGAGGAUUUGUUUAAAACAAAGUUUGCUACUUAUCUAUAUGUAGGUUGCUAAAAAUGAUUUUCUUAUUAAAGAUUUUAAACAAAAUAACCAUUUAACUACAAUAUACGUUGAAUGGGUAUUUUUUCUCUAUUUGUAUGUUUCAAUAUAAUUUACUGAAAAAGGAUCUUGAGAGGAAAAAAGUAUUAAUUUUUGAAAAUGAAGUAGUUAAAAUUCUGUUUCUUGGUCUUUGCUGUUUAAAUGAUGAUUUUGAAAGAUUACACUUGUAUGUCAGUGUUGUGUAUUAUUGUAUGGACUAAUGUUGCCUGUAAUAAAGAGAACUUUACACAAA